CUAUGUCCCCGAGGAUGUUUGGCUAGUGCUUGCGGAGUUGAGCAAUUUCUUCCGCCAGCUUUGUGCUAAAGAGUUAUCUCAUACCGUGGUAGCAGACAUGGAAAGACUGGCGCCUGUGUUGCUCUGCAAGUUGGAGAAGAUCUUUCCACCUGGCUUCUUUAAUCCGAUGCAACAUAUGAUUUUGCACCUCCCGUAUGAGGCACGAAUGGGGGGGCCCGUGCAGGGCCGUUGGUGCUACUCAAUUGAGAGAUUGCAAAAGAUUCUUCGAAAUAAAUGUAAAAAUAAAUGCAAAAUUGAAGCAUCCAUAGCCGAAUCAUACAUCCUGGAGGAGGUGUCAAACUACACAACAAAAUACUAUGCUAAUAAUCUUACCAGUGUGCAUAAUCCACCCCCUCGUUACAAUGCUGGCAACCCCGAAGAUGAAUCAAAGCUUAGCAUCUUUAGAGGGCAACUUGGCAGUGCAAGUGGUGCGACUAACAAGACCUUGCAACAUGAAGAGUGGCGCACUAUUAUGUUGUAUGUCUUGACCAACCUAUCCGAAGUGGAGCCGUACAUGCAGGAAUUCAAUGAGCAAUUCUGGCAUGAAUCAAGGGAACCUACCCUCGAGGAAGCUUCGGCCCUUCUUAGAGAUGGUGUGGGAAAUGACAUGCCUGAUUUCAUUUCUUGGUUCAAACAGAAAGGAACAACCGACGAGUCUAUGAGUGCCGACUUGAGACAAGUUGCUGAUGGUUGUGCCUAUAGGGUCAGGUCAUUUAAGGCUUACGACGUGAAUGGAUAUCGCUUCCACACAGCAAGCCACGAGCAGAGUCGACCCAAUCGUAGAACAACAAAUACCGGAGUUUUUACUCCAGGCUUAGAUGGGGCUGAGUACUACGGAAGAAUUGAAGAAAUAUACGAACUGAAUUUUGAUGGGAGCAAACCUCUGAAUCCCGUCAUAUUCAAAUGCCAUUGGUUCGAUCCAGAAGUUGUGAGACGGACCCCUAAUCUUGGGCUAGUCGAAAUUCGACAAUCAACCGUCUUACCAGGAGACGAUGUCUAUAUUGUGGCUCAACAGGCCACGCAAGUUUAUUAUCUCUCGUACCCGUGCAAAACCGUUCAGCGUCUUAAGGGUUUGGAUGUUGUGUACAAGGUACCGCCACACGGUAAACUACCAGUCCCAAACAAUGAAGAUUACAACAUAGACCCCAACACAUAUGAUGGAGAAUUCUUUCAAGAAGAUGGCCUCGCAGGGAUUUUUGAGAUCGACUUGACGGAAGCUCAGGUCAUGGAAGUAGACAAUGAAACUGGAAGUGAUUGA